GGUUUCCUUUCCCCGGUGCCUCCUCCCUCCCCUCGGCUCCCGGCUCGGCCCGGCCAUGAAGCCCCGGCAGACGGAGGUGUCCAUCCCGCUGCAGCCCCCCGGGCGGGGGCCGACCCCCGACGCCGGCCCCGACGGGCAGCCGCGGGACUACGUGCUCUGGUCCCUCUUCAACGUCCUGCUGGGCUACGCGCUCGCCUACCUGGGCUGCCUCUGCUUCCCCGCGCUCGUCUUCUCCAUCAAGGCCCGCGACUGCAAGGUGCUGGGGGACCUGGAGGGUGCCCAGCGGUACGGCACCCGCGCCAAGAUGCUCAACAUCGUCUGCUCCGUGAUAAUGGUCCUUGCUGUGGCCCUCGUCAUCACCGCCAUCAUCACCACCGUGAUGAGCAGCAGGACCUGACCACCGCACAGCCACCGGCCUGCUUGCUGCCACCCGGGGCGGGGGGGGGAUUCACCUCCCCCCUCCUCCUCCUCUUCCCAAAAUGUCCCCGCUUUGGGCACGCAGUGCAGGGGGAAAGGGAGUGAUGCCCUGUCCCCUCGCUGCCCGCACCCCUGGGUGUCCCGGCACAGCCACCGUCUGGAAGGGGAUGGGUGGGCCAGACUGGGACGCGGGGGACAGCCCCCCCUCUUUUCUCUGCUUGUGUGCCUCGGCAGGGAGCUGCUGGGC